AUGAUGCCAUAUGCCGGCGGAGUCAGCAUCGCCCGUGGUGUCUUCCUCGACUUCCCCCCCUGGCUGGACGGGUACUCACAAACAGCUGGCUUGUUGAGGAAACCUCCCCACGAACGCGAUGCUAGGACGGGCUUCAAUGAAAAAGGCUGCUGGGCGUGUGCCAUGCCUGUCAAUGUUGAGGACGAGGAAGACCAAUUUGUGGGACAGCUCACCUUCAGCAGAACGUACGACGCGCUGGGGGACCGCAUCGAUACACGACGAGUGCUGGAACCAGCGCAGGCUUUGGAGCAGCUCUUUGGGGCCCGAUGGGAGAUGUCCAACCAGAGUGCAGUUGUGGAAUCGACGGGAAAGGUCAAAUGGUAG